GAGUAGCUGGGACUACAGGCGCCCGCCACCACGCCCGGCUAAUUUUUUGUAUUUUUAGUAGAGACAGGGUUUCACCGUUUUAGCCAGGAUGGUUUCGAUCUCCUGACCUCGUGAUCCGCCCGCCUCGGCCUCCCAAAGUGCUGGGAUUACAGGCGUGAGCCACCGCGCCCAGCCGCACUCCCCUUUCUUGUUUGUUUUUUUUUGAGACAGAGUCUCGCUCUGUCGCCCAGGCUGGAGUGCAGUGGCGCGAUCUCGGCUCACUGCAAGCUCCGCCUCCCGGGUUCACGCCAUUCUCCUGCCUCAGCCUCCCGAGUAGCUGGGACUACAGGCGCCCGCCAACACGCCCGGCUAAUUUUUUGUAUUUUUAGUAGAGAUGGGGUUUCACCGUGUUAGCCAGGAUGGUCUCGAUCUCCUGACCUCGUGAUCCGCCGACCUCGUGAUCCGCCGGCCUCGGCCUCCCAAAGUGCUGGGAUUACAGGCUUGAGCCACCGCGCCCGGCCGCACUCCCCUUUCUUAACCUUUUGGGACAAGCUCCGUCCUGCUUCCUGUCUUGCCUAGGGGUGGGGUGGGGCUGCAGGCCUGGGGUCCUCCUGGGCCUCCUCACGUGCUCAGAGACUGGCUGGACUCCUCUCCAAGGUUUGCCCAGUGAGGAGAAAAGCUAGGAAGAGAAAAUGAAGGAAGAGGACAGCUCAUUCAAGCUCUGUGUCCCAGGCAUUGUUGUCCUCCAGUCGCCACUGAACAAGGCUUUCAGAUCCACAGACACAGUGGGUUUCCUGGAGUCAGAGUUGAAGAAGCUUCUGGGAAUGCAGCAAGUGUCCCACCUCUGGAAGCUAGGCAGCCAAGAGGGCCGAGAGCUGCUUACCUGGCCAGAGAUCACCCUGGUGGAGGGGGAAGGUUAUGAGGUGCAGAGAAGACUGAGGCAUCUUCCUUCACCCACUUCUGCCCCCCAGUGCCUGCUUCUUGAGGAGAAGGAUGAGAUGGGAAACUGGCAUCCGGAGUGAAGCCGGUGCUGGCCCUGAGUCUGCCCUGCUCAGAUCCCCGGAGCUAGUACAUGGGGGUAUCUCUCUUCUUAGGGUACAUCUAAGGAGCCCCUGUGGCCAGCGGGUCUUGA